AGGCCAGCCCCUUCGAGACGGACAAACAUGGCAACUAAACGCUGAAAUAUUACUUCAAAAUUUUAACUUUAUUUUGCUUUUAUCGUGUUACUGGAAUUCUAAAGAAAGUUAUUGUAUACAGGAGUGUUUGAUUUGUCAGUAAUGGACGGAGAAACUCGGCGAGGAGACACUGAAAGUGGUGCAAUGGGUUACAUGUUGACGUUAGGUGUCAUGGAAGACUUGCUUGAAAAGCUCAAAUUGUUGGAUUAUGAAACCCAUUUUUGUAAAGCUCUUGGUUUCAGGACACUGAGCAGACAUUAUUUUGCUUUGCCUACCAACCCUGGUGAGCAGUUCUUCACCUUCACUUCUUUGGCUGCAUGGCUUCUAAAUAAAUGUGAUCGACAUAUAGAGCAGCCUCAAGAGUAUGAUGAUCCCAAUGCCACAGUUUCAAACAUYUUGGAUGAAAUGAAAAAAUUGGGACUGUCUACUGACUUUCCUCCUUCUAAACUCAAGACUGGUUCUGGUGAACAAAUUUGCUAUUGCAUUGAUAAACUGGCUGAUAAAGCCCUGGUAAACAGCAAAUUUGGCUGGAAAAGACCUGUCCAUCCUGAGGAAGAUUUUGAGGAAGAGACCAUGGAAGAUGAUGAAGCAGAGCUGACCAUGAACAAAGUUGAGGAAGAAAUGGUGGAUGAAGCAGACGAAGAUAUUGAGGAAGAUGAUAGUUACUUGGAUCUUACAAGACUAAAAGAACAAAGCACUGUUAUGGACAAUGAAUUAUCCAAACCAGUGUCAGUAAUGGAGUCCAAUGUUGAUGCUGCUGWAUGGAAACUUGAGGUGGAAAGAGUUCUUCCCUUACUCAAGGUUCACAUCAGAACAGAUAACAAGGAUUGGAGAACACAUUAUGAACAGAUGCAGCAACACAGUGAUGGCAUUAAAGCAUCUCUGACUGAAACAAGGGGUCAUCUUGAUAAACUACAUCAAGAGAUAAGCAGAACUCUAGAGAAGAUUGCUAGUAGAGAAAAGUAUGUCAACAAUCAGCUGGAGCAUCUUUUGUUAGAGUUCAGGAGUCUGCAGGACAAUUUAGCAGAGACGAAAGAGCGCUACAAGCAAGGUAGUGGUGGUGUUACUGAACUUACUAAAAACUUGGCACAGAUUGUAGAAGAACUUGAAACWGUUAAAACACAGAUGGAUGAACGAGGGACAAACAUGACAGAUGCAGGGCCAUUGGUAAGAAUAAAGCAAUCGUUAACUCGACUUAAACAAGAAGUUCAACAGAUGGAAGUUCGCAUAGGCGUGGUUGAACACUCWCUCUUGAACUCCAAGCUUCGAGAUCGCAGUGCAUUAAGGGAAGACAUGCAGGCCACACCCAGUGACCAYACUAUGGGUGUUUUUAAAGCCUAUUAGUAACCCUUAUGUAUUAUUUAUGGUGYACAGCAUUAUGUAUAUAGGAAAUCUCAACUGUUCGCUAAUAAAAUAAUUCUUUCAAAUAACACAGGUAGCCCAAGUUUGCUAUUAGUUUUGAGAUAUUACACAGACCUUUCAACUUUCAAUUUUUUCCAUAAAAUGAAAUUAAAUUCAUUAAGGUUCCCAAGGUCUCUUCUAGUUUUUCUUCACAAGUAAUUAUCUGAUGGCUGACAGAGUUUUUAGAUUCUUCUCCUUUGCGCCUACUGUAGUCAGUGAUUCCUGGUGUCAGGUCUCCUUGAUGGACUCACAUGGAGGUUGCCAAGGAGGUUCUAUUGAACACAAAUUAGGAAAAAAGCAAGGUUGGGCWGCYUGUGGGUGUAAUGUAAUAAAGACACCACAUAUAUGACGAACAAGAGUUUUAUUCGUAUUAUUA